GGUUUGCAAUUCUAACCAACAAUUCUUAAUUACCUCUCACAAACUUCAACUACAAUGAAAGUAGUAUUGAAGGUGGACUUUAAUAAUGACAAAAUCAAGCAAAAAGUUAUGAAGACAUCAUCUAGUCUUUCAGGAGUUGAAUCAAUAUCAAUGGACAUGAAAGAGAAGAAAUUGACAUUAUUAGGAAAUAUUGAUCCGGUAAAGGCAAUAUCCAAGCUAAGAAAAUUGUGUCAUGUUGAAAUAGUUUCUGUUGGACCUCUAGAGGAGAAGAAGGAGUCAAAAAAUGAGUCUAUUCCUAUUAUGUGCUAUGAACCCUAUCCAUUCUAUUAUCAAAUCUAAUAAUGAUUACUGUUGUAUCUUGAGUGUAUAAGAAAAAAAAUCCUAACGACUAUAUUAUUUUUAUUUUUUUAAUAGCAAAAUAAUAUAUUAAUAGAGAAGUGUAAACCAACAAAAAAAUAUAUCCAAAAUGUCAUUAAAUUUUUAAAUCCUUAGGCCUGAAAUUCCAUCUCAAUUA